AUGGCCAGGAUCACUCUCAUUUCUGUUCUCAUCCUCUGGGCAGCCAUGCAGCAGGGAAGGGGAGAUGAAAUUACAGAAAAAGGCCUCUCUUUGCUAGGGUACCAUCUGUGCAACUACACCCUGACCAAAAGUGUGUUUAAAAUGGUUGCCUACCAAAAGUCCUAUGAGAAGAAGACAUCCUGUGGAGGGUGGAUCCCCUGGAUGGUGUGCCCCCAGACACACUACAGAACAAAGUUUCACAGCAUUGAGGUCCCUGAAACCAUCACUCUCACAGAUUGCUGUGAAGGAUAUGAACAAGUUGGACUCUACUGCUCCUUAGCACUCAACAGAUCCAGUGUAUUUGCCUCAAGACCUGGGAUUUGUCCAGUGAAGGAUAUGGAAACAUUUGAUUAUCCUUGCACGUUCGAUACUGAAUGUCCAGGGCUGAAAAAAUGCUGCAGCUCAUCCAAAGGAGCAGGCUGUGUGGAUCCUAUGCCAGAGGGGAGGAUGUUCUGGUACAACGUGACAGUGCUUGUGAAAAUGGAUUUUAAUGAAUUAAUCCGGGUGGAUUCCCACCUUCUGAAUCAUUCCCGCCUUUUGCACUCCAUGAUCUCUGGUGCACUGCAGCCCCUGAAUGCCUCAGUGCACCACAUCCAGAGCAGCCCUGGGGACAUCUACACAGGGACAGUGGCCUCCCAGCUUCUCCUCGGAUUGCAGCACCCAGCUGCCCUGGCAGAGGUCUCCUCCUCCCUGGAGGCCAUGGUGAAACGUGUGUAUGGAGUGAUUGACACACAAGUGCAAGAUGUCAACGAAUGCUCCUAUGCUGAGCUCAAUGCUUGCCCUGAAAAAAGCAGCUGUGUAAACCUGGAGGGUUCUUACAGCUGCCAGCCUCAGCAUGAACUUGCCACUGUCAUUCCCUGGCUGAGCCCAAGGAAGGAAGACCCCUCUGCAGUUAGAAACCAUCGAAUCCUCAGUGUUACCAGCAGCAGCUUUGAAAUGUCCUGGGCUGUCAGCUCCACUCUGAACCACACUUUCCAAGUCCGGGUGUCCAAGGGCAAUGAAACUGUGCAAAAGCUGAAGACAGAGGAAAUGCAAAUGGAUGUGUCUCACCUGGAAGCAGGUGUGAUGUAUUCAGUAGAGAUCAGCUAUGAAACUUGUGGAAAAACCAUCACUUCCAGUCAGAAUGUGAAAACAGAGGCCAAGAUAUUUAAUGUUACUAUGAGGAUUCUGAACAACAACUUCACUGAUGAUUUCCAUAAUUCCAGCAGCUCAGCCUAUGAGGAAUUUUCAAGACUGUUGCUUACAGAGCUUGAAAAUUCAUUUCCACCCAACAUUUCUGCCUUGUACAAAUCUGGGAAGCUGAAAGUGCAGAUUGAAUCCCUGGCAGCAGGAAGCAUCGUUGUGAGGCUCAGAAUCACCGUGCAGGAUCCUGAGUUUCCAGUGGAUGCCUCCACAUUUGCCCCAGUGCUUUCCUACCUGCACAAUGGCUCUGUGCUUCUGGUGGAUCAGCAAAACACUGCAGUAGAAGACUGGGAUGAAUGUGCUUCCCAAGCUGAGAAUGACUGCUCUGUGUUUGCAGAGUGUAUCAAUCUGAUGGGCUCCUACAUGUGCAGGUGCAAGACAACCAUGGAUACCAAUCCAUCCCGACCUGGAAGAAACUGUGAGGGUGAGGCUGUGGAUCCUCUCACUGACACCAUGGCUCCUGGAAUACGAAGCAGCACAGACUUUGCUCUGGAAGAAGGAAGGCCUGCAGGCCCUGUCACCACCCAGACAGGCCCCGGGCCAGGCCCUGUCACACUGCUCCCUGCUGCGCUGGCCCUGGGUGACAAACAAGUGUCCUACAGUCCCACCAGUGCUCCUCCAACCCCUUGGGAAAAAAGUCUGGCCCCACAGAUGGGUUUCAGCAGCCCCAUGGCCAUGGGGGCCACCCCCAGCAGGGCACUGGCCACAAGUCCAUGGCAGCCAAGCCCUGCAGCCAAGGCUGUUGUUCCAAGCACAGCCCUGGGCGCAGCCAGGCAGCAGCAGCUCAGCUCAGUGCGGCUGACUCCAAAUCAAACAGCCCCAGCUGCCACCAGCACUCCCACAGCCGCUGCUGUGCCCCAAGGCAGCUCGGGAGGUGGCCCUGACACAGCCGUGCUGGCCGCAGGGAGCGCUGACAUUGCUGCCGCUCUCAGAGCGGGCGGAGCGAUGGCGAGGGAGAGCAGCUCUGGGCCUGAGGGACACGGAGCCUGGGGGCCACCAGCUCUGCCAGGCGCCUCUGCAGCCCCCACCUUCCAGAACCUUAGUGGCACAGUUCAGAUAACAGACAUGGAAUACUCUCCAGGCUUCAGCAAUACAAGCAGUGAGGAAUAUCAAACCUUUGCACAGCUCUUUGUUGAUGAAGUGCAUAAAUCUCUGCCCCUUGAGGUGCUCCAGCAGAUGGAUGCUGGUCUGAUUAAAGUGCUGCUCACGGGUGGUACUAAUGGGAGCACAGUGGUAAGUUUCAAUUUGCUGCUUGCAGAAGAAGUGGAUGUCCACCAUUUCAUCACCAGUUUUUGUGAGGCCUUGGAACACAGCUCCUACUUCACCAUCAACAGGAGCAGCCUCUCCAUACACGCAUUUCCCUUCAGCCAGAAGGCAGCAGUGAUGGAUAAGAAACCUGUGCACAGCACAGUUUUACCUGUGACAUCUUUGCAAACUUCAGCUCGUGUUUCCUCCCCUGCUUCACUGGACUUUUCUCCUGCUGAGCACAAAGCUCUGGAGGACACCAAGCUCUCCAGCAGGGUGCUGACUCCUCUCCCCACGGAUCCCAUGGCAACUCCUGAUGUGUCUCCUCGAGCCUCUCCAGCCCCUCUUGUCAAACCUGCCCAAGAGGUUUCCAUUAAAGAGGCAGUGAGUGUGUUUUGUGAAAUGGAGAGGAUCGUCCUUGCCAUCCAGAAGAGGUUCUUGCAGCAGGAGUCUAUCCCAGAGAGUUCCCUGUUCCUGGGGCAGCCUGGCUGCAAUGUGAGCACCAGCAAUGGCACCCACGUUGUGCUGCAGGCGGGCUGGAGCGACUGUGGCACCCAGGUUGAGACUAACACGACUACUACUGUGGUGAAAACCACCCUUUGGAAUGAUGCUUCUGCUCAGGGAGUAAUCCACCACUUGAAUGCUGCCAGUCCCAUCCACUGUGUGUUUCAAAAUGAUGUCUUGACUUCCUCUGGGUACACUGCAGGAGGACUUUACACCAUCUUUGAGGAUUUGCAUGGAUCUGGACAUCUCAGAACAGAAAUGCAGCUGUUCAUUGGAAACUCCCCAGUCCCCAAAAAUUUCAGCAUCUCUGCCAGUGAGGAUGUGCUGAUCCAAGUGGGGAUGCAGAGGGCAGACAACAAGCUCAAGGUGGUUCUCACUGACUGCUGGGCCACUCCAACCAAUAAUUCAGUGGAUCCUCUGUCAUUUGUUUUUAUCAGCAACAGCUGUCCCAUCCCAAAUACUUACACCAUGCUGCUGGAAAAUGGGAAUUCAAGCAAAGCUCAGUUUAAGAUGAGAAUUUUUUCCUUUGUCAACAACUCUGUGGUUUACUUACACUGCAGAAUUCGUAUUUGUUUGGAGUCACCAGGAAGCACCUGCAGGACUAGAUGCCAUGCAAGGGCUCAGCUCCUGAAGGCUGGAGAAACCAUCGCCCUGCACAGAACAUCCUGGGGACCCCUGUGGAAAUCAGCUGCAUAUGAUUUGAAGAGAGAGAAGGAAGCUGGAAUGGGAAUUGGAUCCAUCAUCCUCAUAGCCCUUGCUGUGUUUGGUUUUGUGCUGGGAGUUGUGACCCUUCUCAUCUUCCAGUACCAGCGAAAGACAGGAAGAUACAACCUCAGGAUCAAGUCUGACAACUUCAGCUACCAGGUGUUCUAUGAUUAGUGAUUCACAGAUUACCACAUAUUUCAUAAUCACAAAACCAGGGGAGGCAGCUGUACUACACAUGCCAAGGUGAGCCAGCACUGAGUUACCUGGGGACAAAGUGCUUUUCUCACAUUACUUCUUUGUCACAUGAUUUGGCACUGAUGUAUUUUCCUUCC